AAAAAGAAAAAAAAAAGAAUCAGGAGGAUACAUAAAGAAAAGGAAUUUCCGAACACCGGAAUACAGACACGAACGAAAGAGCAAGAGGAAGGAGGAGAGAAUAUGAUAUAAAGCUGAAAAAUCCAAUUACGAUUUGAUCCUCCCUUCUUCCACCAUCAUUCAGGCACCCCAGUCUCCACCAUGUCCAUCUACCUUCUCCCUUUUUUUUUUUUUUUUUCAGAAAAACAAACAAAACCAUCUCUCUCUCACUCUCUGAACACAGCACAUCAUCUUCCUUAUUUCAAAUUUUAGUUCUUAAUUGACCAGUCACCUUUUCUCUCCGCCUCCGUGUCUCCAUGAUUUUCUUCAUCAUUUAGCCACUCCCUACCUCUCUCCCUCCCUCUUGGAUCUAGAAAAGGAAUAAAAUUCAAAUCAUCCACAGAUUCACUGGCACAAAAGAUUUAAUUCAAAUUAAUGGAUGAUUUCCCCGGUUUGUUAGCCCGCGACUUCGGGUUCAAACCCCAAGGCAAAUCCGCACCCAUGGCUCCACCCCGCAGCACAAACAGUAACAGUACCAAUUUUAACCUUGGAUCCGGUGGUCCCGUUCACACACGAUCCUCCUCCUCCCACAAAUCCGCUCCUCUUUUCGACAAUCAAGCCGGCACGGACGGUCUCUUGUUCAACGACGUCUUCGGUGGUCCUCCUAAGUAUUCAGAAUCACGCGGCGGAGCUUCCGCUACAGCAUCGUCAUUUGAUUUUGACUCCAUUUUCAAGGAACAGAAUCCCAAAUCGGCAUCGCUGCCGAUCUCUGAUAAGCCUGUUUACGAUGAUGAUAUUUUUGAUGGAUUGCCUGGCUUGAAGAGUUCGUCUUCUGGCGGUGGUUCUGCGUCGGCCCCUAAGUUUGAUGAUGCGUUUGGUUCGGUCAGUUCACCCCCGAAGCAGCAGCAUCGAAGGCCAGUGCGAGAUAGUUCACCGUUUGAUGAUCUGCUGGGGAAUUUAGGUAAGAAGGAGGCGGAACCAAAGAGAGAGAGUGGUAGAGUGGAUAAGGAUUCGACGGCUUUUGAUGAUUUACUUCCUGGUUUUGGCCGCAUUAGCUCCCAUACGGUUAACCGUUCAACUUCCGAGUCGGGUCUGUUCCAAAAGCAAUCUUUAAAUUCAGCCAGGUCAGUUCCUGGUGUGAUGGAAGAUCCCUUUGUAGUACUAGAGUCAACGUCAAGCCAUGCAACUUCAUCAUCAGGGUUGUUCACAGAACCUUUGGGAGAAAUUAGUAAAACCGGUAACCCUGGAAACACUAAGGUUGAUAGUUCAUCUGUAGAGAGGGGAGUAUUUGAAGAUCUAGAUCACCUCGAUGAUCUUGGGAAAUCUGUUCCGUACAAGAGAUGGGAGAAUAGGAGUCCUUUAAGAACAGGACCAAGCACGGGUGGUUCAUAUUCCUCUGCGAGUCAAGAAUCAGUUGACACAUAUCCUGUGGAGAAUGCCGGGGGCCGCUCGCAGAAGAAAACAACUGAUGAUUAUCACGAAUCUCAUGAAGCCAUAUUCAAUAUGCCUACUGCUUCAACAGAUUUUCAUAGAUCUUUUGGUCAAAAUGCCUCUCCUCCUUCAUAUGUGGAUGUCAAUGCUAAUGAGAUAAAUUCUUCUCCCAGAUCUGAAGAGGUCUCUGAAUCAUCAGAUGAUGUAUGGCUUUCUGUGUCUGAAAUCCCUCUUUUUACUCAACCCACAAGCGCAACACCACCUUCUAGGCCCCCACCUCCAAGACCACCGCGGAUAUCAAAGUCGGAGAUAGGUUCCUUUUCUUCUACAAACUCUAGAAAGAAGGUCAAUGAGUAUCCUUCUUUCCAAAAUUCCACUUCAUACUCUCAAAGUCCUAGAUCAGAUCGUGCAGCAAGGAAUUCAGUUACUUCUCAAAUUGAUGAACUUGAGGACUUUGUCACGGGAAGGACUCAAAACAAUAAUAAUGAAUUUGCAGAUGUUCUACCUGUUGACGAUGUGGAUAAAACUUCCUCUGCUGCUGCUUCUGCUGCUAUGAAGGAGGUCAUGGAUAAAGCAGAGGCUAAAAUCAGGCAAAUGAGGGAGAGGGAAUAUCUAAAGGCUGCUAGAAAUAAAGAAGCUGGUCAGCUGGAUAAAGAUAUGCUAGAUGCUCAGCAGAGGGAAUUAAAAGAAAGAGGAGAGAGAUUUGAUCGUGAGAGACAACAGAGGGAAAAGGAGGAGGAAGAGAGAGAGCAUAGAAGAUUUGAGAAAGAGAGGGAGAGAACUCGUGAAAUUGAGAGGGAAAGGGGGGAAAAAGAAAGAGAGCAAAGGAGGCUUGAAAGAGAGAGGGGGCGAGCAAGGGAGAUUGAGAGAGAAAGGGACAAGGCCAGACAAGUAGUGGAAAGGGCAACUAGAGAGGCACGUGAAAGAGCAGCUACUGAAGCUCUCCUGAAAGCUGAAAGGGCUGCUGUGGAGAAAGCAGCUGCUGAAGCUCGAGAAAGAGCAGAAAGGGCUGCUGUGCAGAGAGCACAAGCUGAAGCCCGUGAAAGGGCAGCAGCAGGGGCAAAAGAAAGAGCAGAAAGGGCUGCUGCAGAAGUCCGGGAAAGGGCAAAUGCUGAGGCUAGGGAGAGGGAAGCCCGGGAAAGAGCUGCUUUUGCAAGGGCUGAAGCUGAUGCUCGACUCAGAGCAGAACGAGCUGCUGCGGAAAGAGCUGCUGCAGAGGCUCGAGAAAGGGCUGCUUCUGCUGCCAUGGCAAAUCAUCAAAAGAAUGAAAAUGAUCUUGAAUCAUUCUUCAGUACUCGAGCAAACAGUGCACCAAGACCUAGGGCAAACACUUCAGAUCCUUUCUCUGAUAGCCAGAACAAUCGAGGGUCUGAAGCAGUUAGGAAGACGUCUGUUGGAGCUACAUCUAGCAUGAGGAAAGCAUCUUCAGCAAUAAAUAUUGUUGAUGAUUUAACUUCGCUUUUUGGAGGUGCUGGAUCAUCUGGAGAAUUCCAAGAGGUUGAAGGGGAAACUGAAGAAAGACGAAAAGCCCGAUUGGAACGCCAUCAAAGGACUCAGGAGCGUGCGGCAAAAGCACUGGCCGAGAAGAAUCAACGCGACCUUCAAGCUCAGAGAGAACAAGCAGAGAGACAUAGGAUUGCUGAAACAUUGGAUGUUGAGAUAAAGCGUUGGGCUGCAGGAAAAGAGGGGAAUCUCCGUGCUCUGCUAUCAACACUCCAAUAUGUGCUGUGGCCUGAAUGUGGAUGGCAGCCUGUCUCUUUGACCGAUUUGAUUACUGCUGCUGCAGUUAAAAAAGUUUAUAGAAAAGCAACCUUAAGCAUUCAUCCUGAUAAAGUGCAACAAAAAGGCGCCAAUCUUCAACAAAAAUAUGUUGCUGAGAAGGUGUUUGACUUACUUAAGGAAGCGUGGAACAAGUUCAAUUCUGAAGAGCUUUUCUGAAUCCCAUUGGUAAAUAUUUUUCUCCAACUACAUGAUUUGGCAACUGCAUGGUUCAUCGGCAGUGAAAAUGCUCAACUCCCAUGGCAGAUGUGUUUUUUUUUUUUUUUCAUACAUAUAUCUGAUGCAGUUGUCGCUUUGAUUGAUGCUGCUGCAUUACAUCAGCUGAUGAAAGUGGGGCUUAGGAGAUUUCUUUUUUAAUUGUUGAGAAGCCCGAGGGUGAGUAUCUUCCCUUGAUUCAGGUUGCUGUAAAUAAAUUAUGUUCCACUAGCAUGUGGCUCCUGGAAGUCGGAAUGCUCCUUCAUGUAGAUUUAUCAUUCGACACAUUAGUCGAAGUGACCUGAGCCCAUUUUGCAUGGGAUGAACGUGGUCGUUUUGUGUUAAUUCUUUUUUAUAAUCAUUUUUUUUUGUUGGUGGUUACCAUUUUAGCUGUCGAGCGUGAUAUGCUGAGUGAUUCCAAAUAAGUUGUUGAGAUCAAACGAUACGGGCUUUGUAUGAUUGUUGAGCUAGUAACUCUGAGCGGUAUGCAUCUUUUUUCC